CCCAAAGGCCAUUUUAUUACAUAGGAAGAAGUGGAAUCUCUCCACUGGGUAGUAGUGUUAUUAGUGAUAGUACUAGUAGGGAGGCUGCCAAUAGUGGUGCUGGCUAGCAGGGAUGGUGUCCGUGGAGUAGCAGGGGGACUGUGGAGUACCAAACCACCUCUUCCACAAUGAACCACGACGGAACCAGGCAACUGCUUCACCGUGAAGCAUCCCAGUUGGCAUUUCAGAGCUCUUACACCGCCUCAUGCUGUCCAAAUCCCUCUGUGCUCGGCAGCCAGCACCCGGGUUUCGGAAGUUCUGGGUUAUCUCGCUUUUCCCCGACUACGGAAACACCUUGGGAUGAUGAUACUUUUUUAAUCCUUGCCUUGCAGACGGGGCGGGUCCCGGCCGGGAUGGAGGAAGGAUCGCGGGUCGUGGACGGGAUGGAGGAAGGAUCGCGGGAAGGAUCGCGGGAAGGAUCGCGGGAAGGAUCGCGGAUCCUGGCCGGGAUGGAGGAAGGAUCGCGGGUCCCGGACGGGAUGGAGGAAGGAUCGCGGGUCCCGGACGGGAUGGAGGAAGGAUCACGGGAAGGAUCGCGGGUUCCUGGCCGGGAUGGAGGAAGGAUCGCGGGAAGGAUCGCGGAUCCCGGCCAGGAUGGAGGGAGGAUCGCAGGUUCCUGGCACGGAUGGAGGGAGGAUCGCGGAAGCAUCGCGGAAGCAUCGCGGAAGCAUCGCGGGUUCCCGGCCUUCGCUGCCGGUGCCGCCGAGGGCGGUGCGGGCCCGGGGCGCCGCCAGGGGGCGCCGCCGAGCGCCGUGAGGGCGCAGCUCUAUGGUACGGCCGCCAUGGGCGCCGAGCGGGAGGCGCGGCGCUGCGCCGCCUUCUACGGAACCCGGGGCCUCGCCCCCACAGUGCUCUCCUGUCUGCGCUGCCUGCGGCACUUCGCGGGGAGUACUGCCAAGAGAUGCAAAGAGAAGCACCUGGAGGAGGCUCUCCAGCUGACACGGGUACUGAGUGAGGGUCUGCAGGCGCUGGGUGAGGCAGAGGUGCGACCCCUGCUCCGAUGUGUCCUGGCUUUCCAAAUGGAGGCAACCAGCAGCUCCAGCUCCUUCCAGAAACUGGAACAGAUGGUGACCCAGCUGGCAGUGGGGAAGGAAGCCCUGUUGGCCCAGGAAGUGGACACACUGCUGGCUGGUCUGGCACUGCAGGGAGAGGUGCUGUCUCCGGGGGACCUUCAGUCAGUGUCCAUGUUCCUGGAGGAGAGCAGCCUGGGCCGGCAGCACUGGCAGCAGAACCUGGCCCUGCUGCUGCAGCGCCUGGCCACCACCCUGCGCUGCGUGCUGCAGGGCCAGCCUGCACCUGGCAGCACAUGGGGCUACCUGGUCAUCAAGGCCUGCCUCCAGGUCUUCCAGGUACUGCCAAAGGAUGUGGCCCCCCUGGUGUGGAGCACAUCAGGAAAGAGUGAGACCCUGCAGAGCCUCUUGGGACUGCUGCUGGAGGUGGUUUGGGGGAAGGCCCUGAACAAGGACACAAGGUUGCUGGCAGGCACAGCCCUGAGCAUGUUGGUGAACACGGCCCCCAAGCUCCAGUAUGGAGCCAGUGCUGUGCUGACCCUGUUCCAGCUCCCCAGCCGAGCAGGCACUGGGGAGCUGAAGUUUGGGGAGCUGGUGGUGGAAGUGCCCCGUGUCCUGGAACCAGACGGACUGGAGAAGUUGGUGCUCACCAGAGGUUUGCUGACGUGCUGCAAGAUGGACAUCCUCAGCUGCCAGCUGGAGGGCCUCCCCCACAAGGCCUGCCUGCUGCUGGACAUGAUCUUUCCUGCUGUGUGUGCCCUGACCAGGGAGCAGAAGGACUGCCUCUACUACUGCUUCCAAGCCUGUGCGCUGUGGCUGCAGCGCCUGCAGGAGAGCCUGGCUGCUCUCUGGCACCUGACGGGGUCCCGUAUCCUGGCCCAGGACACUGAGCUCCUCCAGGAGGUCACCCAGCUGCUGUGGAACAACGCGGAGACCCCGGUGGAAGGCGUGUCUGAGUUCAUCCACAGCUCCUUCCGAUUGCUCUUGGAAAUCUACCACCUGGAGUGCCAGCACUUUCAGGACCAGGAGAGACCUCUCUACCAACAGAUGCUGCAGAGGGUAGUCUCAAUGCCAUGGCAGAUCAAAGCAAGAUACGUGCCCUUGUGUGCCAUCAUCCCCUACAUAGGCAGCCAGCAGGUGCUGGAUGCCUACCGAGACCUGCCACAGCAUCUCCUGAGCUGCCUCUCCACCAACCACCUGUGUCCUGCUGCUGCCGAGGUCUACAAGGUGCUUGUGCGGCAGCAGUGCAGCGAGUGGCGGGAUGGGCAGCGAGGCACAGAGGGGGCCCUGGCAGAGCAGUGGGCGCUGUGCUGGCUGCCCCUGCUCUCCCAGGCCCUCUGCUCUCCCCUGCCCAUCCUGCAGAGCAACGCUGCCAACCACCUCCUCACCUGGACCCUGCGGCAGCUCCCGGCCACCCAGGCACUGCUGGCCGCCCGGUUUGGUGGCCAGGACACGAUGUCACUCCGGGCUUGGGUGUCACUGCUGAAGGCACAGAAGAGUGUGGCAGGGGCCCUGCCACUGGGGGAUGAGGCUCUGGAGCGGCUCUCCCGCUGCCUGGCCACGCGUGAGGAGGGCGUUCGGCUAGCAGUGCUGGGCCUGCUCUGCUGCAGCCCCAACACCAACCAGCCCCUCUCAGGCACCGAGAUGCAGCUGCUGCAGGAGUUCCUGCCCCUCAACCUCAACUGCGACUCGUCCUCGUUCCGGCAGCUGCUGCAGGCGGCGCUGAGGAAGGCGCUGGUGCGGCUGCGGGACAGCUCACUGGCCCGGCUGCGGGGAAAGGUGCCACGGGGCUCGAGGCUGGCCGGGGGAGCUGAGCAGCUCGCCCAGGCAGUAGGAUUUGUGGAAUGGCUGCUGCAGCUCAGCAUCACCUCACUCAGCCCAGGCUCUAACUACCAGAGGAAGAAGACAGCUCUGCUCCUCCUGGCUGCUGUUUUGGAGACCUGCACAGAUACCUGGAGCCCCGGCAGGAAGAAAGGCCAGCCCCCACGGACCAUGGCCACACUGCUGAGCUAUGCCAGGCAGAGCGGCUGCUGGGACUUCUUCUCCCAGCCCAAUUUGUUGGCACUGCUGAGCUGCCUGCAGGACAGCACUAAUGAGAUCAGAGACUUGGCCUCAGAGCUGCUUGUCCGCUACUUCCCUGCCACAUUCCCCGAGCCCAUUGCCCUGGCUCUCUUCCAGCUGGCCCAGGACACCCUGGGCAGCCCCCGAGUGCAGGAGGCUGAAGCCGGAGCUGUGCUGAUGAAGACAAUCCUGCAGAAGUCAGACAGUGGCACCAUGAAGAGCCUGUCCCUGGAGGCUGAGGCAGCCCUGGCACUGCCCAGCCGAGGGCUGUGCUUUGCCCAGCACCUUCUCCACGUUCUGCAAGCCCAGUACAAGGUGGCAUGCCAGGACCUGCUGCAGGCAGCAGCCAGCGCACCGAUGCAUGGAGCCGUCGCAGCCCUGCGCAGGUGCCUGCUCCAGGUGCCGGAGGUGGCCGUCUCAAUGCAGGCAGCAGAGUUGGUGCAGAGCUGGCAGGAGCUCCUUACCCGCCUUGUGACCACAGUGAGAGACAUCACUUCCCUCCUCCUGGGUGCUCUGCAGAGCCAGCAAGGCCCUGGUGCUGAUGAGCAAGCUGCGGCCCCAUCAUUUGCAGAGAUGGGGAACGCCAUUGGCUCCCUCAUCAUGCUGGGGAAGGGCCGGGGGCAAGAGGAAGAGGAGGGUGACUCAGUCCUGCUGUCAGAGGAGCAUAGCCUGAUCCUGACGUGCUGCUGGGUGUCAGUGAAGGAGAUUGGGCUGCUCCUGGGGGGCCUGGCUGAACUGCUGCUAUCCCCAGCACUGCCUGCUGAAUUGGGGCCCCUCCUGCCACUCCCCACCCUGCAGAUGGCCACCAGGGUGUUCCAGGAAAUCCUGCUGCGGUGCCGGCACUGGGGAGCAGUGGAGGGCUGCAGCAUGGGCUUCACCAAAUUCUGUGCUGCUCUGCUGAACCACCCAGAUCCAGAGCUGCAGGCCAUCCCGCGGGCUGUGCUGAAGCAGGGCUUGGAAGCACUGAGUGGGCCCCGGAGCAGCUCGAUCACGCGCCGUGCUGCCGGCUUCCCCAUGCUCUUCCUCUGCAUCGUCAGCGGGGAGGGCGCGGCGCAGGCACGGCCGCUCCUGACCCACUGCAUCCAGACACUGCUGGCCUUGGCUUCCACUGCCCUGCCACAGCACUGGGACCAGACCCUCGACCUCCCGCAGGUGUGUGCCCUCCACGUGCUGCAGACGCUGGUCCGUGGGGCGGGGCUGGGCGGGGCAGUGCUGUGCCAUGCCACACCCAUGAUGGCCCUGGCACUGCGGGGCUUGGGCUCGCCCUGCUGGGCCAUGAGGAACGCGGCCAUCCAGCUCUUCAGUGCCCUCACGUCCCGGCUGCUGGGACAGCCGUGGAGCCACAGGGAUGGCUGCCCAUCAGAGGGGCUGAGCCUGCAUGCCUUCCUUGGGCAGCACCCAAAGCUAGGCGCUGUGCUGCUUGGAGAGCUCAAGGUGGCCACAGCACCCACAUCAGGGGGGCCCUGCCUGCACCCUGCACUCCACGCCAUCCUCACCCUCUUGGCCCAGCUGCAGCCUGGUGCUGACAGCCCUGGCAGUCCCUCUGCUCCCUUCCUGGGGCCACUGCUGGGGCUGGCAGAGAGCCCCAUCUACGCCAUACGAGCGAUGGCUGCCAAGGCUCUGGUGCCCGUUGUCCCCCCUCCCCAGCGCUGCAGGCUCCUCCUGGAGCUGGCCCAGCAGCUCCCUGCAGCACCCGGACAGAUCCGCUCGCACAAUGCUGUCCACGGGCGCCUGCUGCAGAUGCAGGCAGUGCUGGCCUCCGCCACGGGCACUGAGGGGCUGUCGGCCAAGGCUCUGCGCCCCAUGGCUCUGCAGCUGGAGGAGCGGGGCUGGCUGCUCACCCCUGCCCAGCGCUGCCCCCUUGUCCGCGCCACCUUCCUCCAGGUCCUCGCCCUCCUGCCCACAUCCUUCCGCCCUGGCUUCUCCCAGUACAUCCAUGACACCAUCAGUACCGAGCUGGGCAGCCUCCCGCAGGGGGGAAAGUCAGGCUGUGUUGAGCCACAGGUGGGCUCAGCAAUCCUCCACCAAACUAUGGCCCACUUCAUGUGCAGCGAGGCAGCCCGGCUGGGGGACAGCAAGCGGAUUGCUUCUGUCUGCUUACUUCUCCAGCAGCCCAACCCUGACAUCCAGCAUGCCAUCCUGAGCUGGGUGAUUGCUGGGGAGAGAGGAACGUGCAAGGAGGUGGAGAACGCUCUUGGGCUGACAUUGCUGGAGAGCUUGCAGUCGGUGCUGCUAGAGAGAAGGGACAAAGAGUUCCUGAGAUUGUACCUUGAGGCUUUGCUGCAUCUUUGCAGAGAUCCCUCAUCAUGGUCCCAGGAAGCUUCCAGUAAGCUCCAGGGCUCCUCAGCAUCAUGCCUGGAGAUGCUGCUGCACAUGGUGGAGGCUGAGUGUCCUGGGCCUGAUCUCCUCUUCCAGGCGCUGUGUGCUGCCAGUCUGCUGCUCACCCACAAGUUUGGGGCCGAGGAUGGCACGCUGCUGGAGCGCUGGUGUACGGUGCUGGAGGAGUGCGGGCAGGCGCGGUGCUGCGAGGUGCUGCGGCUGGCGGCUGCGCGCUCCCUGCGGAUGGCAGGGGCCGGCGUGGUGCAGCGAUCCCUGUCUGCUGCUGCCUGUGCCUCGCUCGUCCCUCUGGCUCUGCGGCUGAUAAACAUGGCCAUUCACCUUCUGCAAGAUGAGGAGUGGGAGGUCCGGCAGGAGGCCUCAGGUUUCGCCAGCCUCCUCCGGCAGAGCCCAGGGGAGCUGCUCCAAGACGGCUGCAUCUUUGUGCAGGACAAUGUGGGGCUCCAGAGCCUCCUAGAGCUCCUUCUGGGAGAGUUCGGGGAGCACCCUGAGACCUUCAACUCACUACUUCAACACAUCCCCAUCUUAGACCUCAGGAGUGUCGUGGAGGAGCUGGAGGCCAACAAAGCUGCCAGCCUGUAUAAGGAGGAUGAACCCAACAUUUUUGCGGAGCCAGCUGUCCUGGCACGGCAGCUGCUCCCUGUCCUGGUGCAGCUCCUGGAGAAGGCUCCCACUGGCAGCCCAGUCCACGCCUCAGCUCUGCAGUGGCUGGAAUCCACAGGCCCCGGUGUGCUGAGGGACCUGCAGUACUGCAAACACUGCUGGAGCCAAGGGACUGCUGUCUGCUGGGGGAUGAAGGCGCUGGGCUGUGCCAAACUCCACACAGCCCUGGCUGUGCUGCUGGUGAGGGCCCAGCUGGUGGCACAGGUGCUGCAGGUGCUGGGGGAAGGUGCCACCACCAUGUCAGGUCUGGGCUAUGGCACCCAGGAGUUGGAGCAGGAGCUGGAGCUGGUACAGGGGCUGCUGGUGCAACACGGGCUCGCCCCUGUGCCAAAUCAGGGCAAUGCACCAGGAGAGCUGGGACCACUGGCUGGGGCUGACAGCUCCAGGCAUGCAGCAGUGUGACACGAAAUCCUACAGCCUAUCUCCUUCCAUUUCCUGAAUGCUCUCUCUGAGCAGCAGCCAGGCCUGCAGGUUUGGUGGUGUAACUCAGGGGAACCCCACUCAGAGUGUGGGACACACUCACUGUUCCCAGUUUCUGACUCUCCAGCUGAGGACUCCAGUACAGCACUGCCUUGGCCCACGUCCAUGGCUUCCUUGCCCUCAACUCUGGCUGGCAGGAGGGCACGUGUGCUACAGAACUCUAAUAUCCCCUCGUGCUCAAUUCCCAGCACCUGUUUUUUUAACCAGCACUUUGGUCCUUGGCCAACACAGGUUUUAUCCCAAAUAAAGAGG